CUUGAAUCCUAGUUCUGAUCACGUUCACAGUCCCUAGAGAUCUAGUCUCAACUGUCAGGGUUCUCGGCAGGAACCUGGAGCAGCCCAGGCCAUGGAGGCUACAACAGGGCCUGUGCUCUACCACAAGCUGCAACUCUGGGAGCCUGGCACGGAGUCUGAGGAGGAGGAAGAGGAAGAAAUAGCAGAGCCACUGGUCCUCUCCCUAAGGAGAUCCCAAAAUACCCCCCGGAACAAGGUUGGUGGGCUGCCAGGAGCCUGGGCCCGCCUGCUGGCAAGUCUGCUGCUGCUAGCUGUUAGCAGCUCCCUGGCUCUGAGGCAGCUGCACAGUAGGGACAGUCCAAAAGAAAACUUGGGCUCUGCGGCCCCUCCAGCCAGCAGACACUCCCAUCACCCUGGUGUGUACCACCAUGGAGCCAUUAUCAGCCCUGCAGCCACAUGUUCUCAGCUGGGCCAAGAGCUGCUUGUCGCUGGGGGGAAUGUCGUGGAUGCUGGAGUUGGAGCAGCUUUGUGUCUGGCGGUGGUACAUCCUCAUGCAACAGGGCUAGGUGGCAUGUUCUGGGGCCUCUUCUACAACAGCUCCUCAGGAAACUCAACUGCCCUGACAGCAGGCCCAGUGCAAACCCUGGCCCCGGGCUUGGGGCUGCCCACAGCUCUGCCUGCCCUUCAUUUGCUUCACACACACUUCGGCCACCUGACCUGGCCACAGCUGUUGGCCAAGCCCACCAAGCUGGCUCAAGAGGGCUUUGAGGUAGAUGCGCCCCUGGCAAGUGCACUAGCAGCCCAGGGCACCAAGGGACUCUGUCCACUCUUCUGCCAUACCAACGGGGCUCCACUGAGUCUUGGGGCUCGAGCUACCAACCCCAAACUGGCAGCUGUGUUGCACCAGGCAGCCCUGGCCUCUAGCCCUGAUCUUGUUGGGGAUGCCUUGCUGAGUCUGCUGGUCAAAGACCUGGAGCUCAGGGAUCCUCCUGCUCAGCCCAUGCCCUCCUUAGAGCCCGCGCUGCAGCUUUCCGUGCCGCAGGGUGUCCUCUUCACUACUCCAGGUCCCUCAACUGGCCCAGAACUUCUGGAACUGCUGGAGUCUGCCCUUCACUCCAGGACACCCAGCCCUACUUCCUGUCUGUCUCUCCUGCAAACUGCCAUGACCUCAGGGAAUAGCGCCGUGGCCACCGUGGACAGCAGUGGUUCUAUGCUCCUCCUAACCUCCUCAAUCAAUAGCUCCUUUGGUUCUGGACACCUGUCCCCAAGCACGGGGGUUCUGCUCAGCAACCUGGUAGCCAGAUCGGCACCUAGUGCCUGGGCCUGCCCAGUCAUUCUCCGUGGCACCCUGGAUGACAUGGAAUCCGAUAUGUUGGGGCUAGUGACUUCAGGGAUGCCCAGAGGGACCAAGGCCAUCACUUGCACCUUGCUCAAUCAUCUGGCAACACCUCAAACCCAGCAUCAAGCUCAACAAAGACCCACAGAAAGCCCUGGAGUUUGUGGCCAAGGGAGCCUACUCCAAGUGGCAGUCCAUGCAGAACAUGCCCAUGUCUCCAGUGUCCCCAGUGGCUGCUGCCCCUUCCAGGGGUAUUAACAGAGGGACGGAGUAUGGAAAGGGCAAAGCUAUCUGGAACCUGAGGGCCAAAACAGAGGCCUAGCAUCAAUGAGUGCAGACAGAGAAUGUAUCUGUGAUGUGUUCGCUGCCAUCAGCCCGCCGUUCAUCAUGUUCUGUCACCUGGCUCUAGCUCUGUCCUCCAGGGCUAGUUAGUCCCACCGUGUUUCCUGGUACCCACACUGAUGGAAUUGCUGGGUUUUCUAUCAGACCAGGACCUAGAGGAUGAUGAAAAAGAGACUGAGUGCAGCUCAGCUUCAGGAAAGUCAGUGGAAGGUUGAGAGCCUAGUCUUUGGGCAGUAUGGGCAACACCGUCUUCCACACUGGACCAUGCCCUGCUGAUCUUUAUCAAUUGCAACGGAAGCUAAUAAAGUCCAAAUCUCCCAGGGGCCAAGUGCCAUCCCUGCUUUUGGGUUAACUUUUUCAUUAUCCCAUGAGAUCUCUGAUGCCAAGGCAUCUGCCAUGUGCAACACCGAUGACAAGAACACCAGGCACAGGUGGCGCCUGGACUGGUGUCUUUCAGCUUUCCCCUGCUCCACCCACCUUCUGCGUCCUGGGGUUCUAUCUGUGCAAGGUAAAUCUUAGUUUCACAGGUAGGACAGAUGGCAGAGUAGAGAAGGGUUGGAGAAGUGAGUAGGGGACACCACUGGUAACAAAGGCCUGGAACUAGGUUGCCCGUGAGCUUCCCUUUAGGGUUGCAAUCUCCGGGCUACAACCCCCUAGAAAUAGUUCCUCAGGCCAAGGGCAGGGACAUCCAGGAGCACUUCCCCUACCUGACAAAGUAAAAGACAUUUUUGGUUUAAUGUUUUGAGGGUUUUAAUUUUUUAAUUAAAAAAAAAGAUGUUUUU